AUGCGACACCUCGCGCGCGCGAUCGCGGCGCUGAUCGUGCUCCCGCUGACGCUCCGCGCGCGUCUGCGGCGGCGAGCGAUCGCGCUCGGCGACGACGCCGGCGACGGCGCGGACGGCCGCUCGUCUCUGAUGACCCCGGAGCUCGAGCGGCUCGUGACGGACGACGACGUGCGCUACUUCCUCGACGAGCUCGCCGCGCACCCGACGCUUCACGACCGCGAGGAGCGUUCAGUGCGCGAACCGCGCUCGAGGGCGAACAGCGAGGAGCGAGGCGUCAGCUCCGUCGACGUCACGAUGUCCGGCGGGUGGAAAGGCGCGCCCGGCGGCGUCGAGGCGGCCGCCGCCGCCGUGUCGGCGGAUGCGGCGGCGGAGGAGGCGGCGUGGACGGUGAUCCACCGCGGGAGCACCGGGACGGGGACGGACUACAGGAUGCUGCGGCGGAACGGCCCGGCGCCGGGGACGAGCGAGGGCGGCGAUCGCGGGUUAGCGCAGUUUCGGUUGGAGGCGGUCGUGCGAGGCGUCACCGCGGAGUCGUUGGCGAACGCGCAGAUGAACGACGUCGUGCGAGCGACGUGGGACUCGACGUUGAUGCGCGCGGAUCAACUCGCGUCGUCGCGGCCGGCGCCGCUCGCGGCCCCGAGCGAGAACAGCUUCGUGGAGGAGGCGGAGUGCCAGAGCGAGGGAGCGGACGCCGCGCACGACAGGACCGAGCUCGCGUUCUGGCGCAUGAAGUUCCCGAUGCCGAUGGCGCCGCGGGACUACCUGUUCGUCAGGCGCCGGUGGAAGAGCGAGGACGGCGCGUUUUACGGCGUCACGAAGGAUGCGACGGGCGUUCGCGAGGCGAACCGCAUGCUUCAGAGGACGGGGCUGAGUGGCCGCGGGUACCGCGUGCGGCGGAUAUUCAGCGGGCAGCGCAUUCGUCCGCUGGACAGCGCGCGCGACGCGUCGUGGUCCGACGACGACGCGAGCGCGCCGUCGACGCCGACGACGGUGCCGACGACGCCCGUGGCGGCGUCCGCGACGAGCUCGCCCGCGAGCUCGGGGUUCAACGCGGUCUCGCCUCCGCGGCCUCGAGCGCGGUCGAAGUCGAGCGGGAAGAACGAGCCCGCGGCGGAGCUCGUGAGCGUGUACCACGAAGACAGCGGCGUCCCCGCGGCGGUGAUAUCCAUCGGCGCGUGCAAGGGGCUCCAGCCGUUCAUGCGAAAGUUGGAAAAGGCGGCGAGGGGCGAGAUGAACGGCGGCGGCGCCGGCGCCGGCGCGAAUAACAUCCGAGGGCGCAAGCUUCUGCGGUUCCGACGGUUGCGAAAGAGGAUAACCUCGAAAGCGUGGG